AUGGCUUCUUCUCAUACUUGGAUCUCCGAGCUCCAGGCACUCGUUGAGCAUGACGAGCUGGCAUUGCCUGGCUCUCAACUGUAUAUUGAUGAGUCCAAAACAUGGGCAGCUCAAAGAAAUUUGCACCCAAAAGUCCUCAUUCGACCUAGGUCUGUGGAGCGGCUGUCACAGGUCCUGGCGUAUUUGAACAACUCUGAGCGGGACUUUGCAGUUCGGUCUGGGGGUGUUGGCUCAAGCUCGACGAAGGACGUUCUGAUCAGUCUUGCUACGUUUGACGGGUUCCAAUUUGAUCCCAGUACGGAGACCAUCACCAUCGGUGCCGGCCAGACAUGGGGCGAAGUGGAUCAGAAGCUGGAGAAAGAGGGCGGAGGUUACGCCGCUUUGAGCGCGCGGUGCACUUUUGUCGGGGUCGGAGGCAGCCUUAUAACAGGCGGCAUCUCUUGGGCAUCUUCGGAAUUCGGGCUUGCUUCUGAUCCGCAGAAUCUGCUGGACGCAGAAGUUGUCACUGCCGACGGGCGGGUUUUCUGGGCUUCCACCGAGCCGAAGCUGUUGUGGGCUCUACGUGGCGGAGGAGGUGGCUUUGCCGUCGUUGUUACCAUGAAGUUGCGAGUGCACAAAUACAGCAAUUCAAUCUACACAGGAAAUAUUCUCUUUCCGAACGACUCGCUCGGGGAACUCGCCAAGGCGGUGUCAAAUUUCACGCAUCGGACGCAGGAUCCAAAGACGGCCAUGCAUCUCUAUUGCCUCGACCUGGCCCACGCAGCUCUGACCGGACAGAAUCCUGCGCCAGGCAUCAUGAUUGUCGUCUACGACGCCAACGGAGAAGCGCACGGCCGCAGCGACGAAGGCUUCGGCUGGGCGCUGAAGAUCAAAGGUGCAAUCGACAACACUAAGUCCAUGACUUUCGCCGAGGCAAAUCAGCAGCAGGACAAUCUUAAAGUGGCCAUGGGCAUGACGAACAGCUGGAUGUCUGGCGCCACGAUUCCGCACCUGGACGAGGAGAUCGUCCUCCGCUCCUGGAAAUGGUUUAACGAGCUGCUCGCCAAAGACCCCCGACAGAGUGCAGGUGCUUUUGCAUUGAUCGAGGUCAUGCAGCCUCCUGCAUUCUCCUCCAUCUCCUCUCGCACAGAUACAGCCUGGCCGCACACGAACAACAGACACAUCUUGCAGCUCGGAACGGGUUCAUUUCCAGGCUCUCCCGAGUCGGACGCUGUCUCGCUCAAGGUCCUCGCGGACGCGGCCUUCGAGAUCAGCCUCACGCACACCAAGGCGGACUAUAUCCCUAACUUCAUCAACUCUUUCAACGACGUGGAAGCGGUAUGCUUGAUUCCCCCUCCCUGUUUUGAUGCUCUACAAUCCGCUGCAUGUAGGAAGGCCAUUGAUUUGACUGAAUACUUCGUGCUGGGUAGAUUUUCGGCGAGAAUUAUCCUCGAUUGA